AUGUCCCUGCAGGCUAAUUUUGACCAGGCCACACAAGACGUGAGGAAGCUGAAAAGCAGACCGGAGGAUGAAGAACUCAAGGAACUCUACGGGCUCUACAAACAGUCCAUCAUAGGAGACAUCAACAUUGGAGCAUGUCCAGUAAUGUUAGCUAUGAAGGGCAAGGCCAAGUGGGAAGCGUGGAGCCUCCAACAAGGGUUGUCGAAGGAAGAUGCCAUGAGUGCCUAUGUUUCUAAAGCAAGAGAGCUGAUCGAGAAAUACGGAAUUUAG